GUCGAUCGAAGAUUAAAUGCGGCUUUGGAUGAGGCUAUCGAUGAAUGCAUUGAAGAUACAUACAAAAACAUCGUGGAGAAUCAAACAAAUAAUCAGAGGAAACGUGCAUAUAUUGAACGGAACCGCGAAGCGGGCCACAACCGUCUAUGGAAUGAUUAUUUCAGUGAAUCUCCGACUUUUGAGGCACCUAUAUUCAGACGCCGUUUCCGAAUGAACAAGCCAUUAUUCUUGAGUAUUGUCGAUCGCCUCUCAAAAAAUAUCCUAUUCUUUCAACAAAGAAGAGAUGCAGUCGGAAGGUUAGGUUUAUCUCCACUACAAAAGUGUACGGCCGCUAUUCGUAUGCUUGCUUAUGGAUGUGCGGCUGACGCUUGUGAUGAAUAUCUCCGACUUGGUGAAAGCACAACACUUAGCUGUUUAAGCCAUUUCAAAUCAGGCGUAAUACAACUCUUUGGAGAUGAGUAUCUACGAAGACCCACUCCAGAAGAUCUUCAACGACUACUCGAUAUUGGAGAGAUACGCGGCUUUCCUGGAAUGAUAGGCAGCAUCGACUGUAUGCAUUGGGAGUGGAAAAAUUGCCCAACCACUUGGAAAGGACUGUUCACACGUGGAUCUGGAAAGCCGACAAUUGUCUUGGAGGCUGUAGCUUCACAAGAUCUUUGGAUAUGUCACGCUUUUUUUGGUUCUCCAGCUCCAACAGUACAAUACGAAGUCAACGGACACCAGUAUGAUUUGGCGUACUACCUCACGGACGGCAUAUAUCCUAAAUGGUCAACAUUAUCCAAUCUAUCUCACUCCCUCAAGGUCCUAAAGCAAAGUUAUUUGCUAAAACUCAAGAAUCAACCCGAAAAGAUGUGGAGCGUGCUUUUGGAGUGUUGCAAUCUCGAUUUGCAAUAGUGAAAAACCCGGCUAUUUUGUGGGACAGGAAACAAAUAGGGAUGAUUAUGCGAACAUGUCAUAUUGCACAAUAUGAUAGUAGAAAAUGAACGACGAGAUUGCACUCAGUAUGAUACAACUGAGAUUGAAGAAGGAGAGUCGAGUAGAAGUUCAGAAGUGGUGAUGUCAAACUAUACCGAGAUGCCUCCAAAUCUCGGUAAUAUGAUUGGUGUACGGAGACAUGUUCGUGAUAGACAUACACAUGACCAAUUGAAAAAGGAUUUGAUUGAAAAUAUUUGGAACAAGUUUAGUUAUGAUGAUGAUGUUUAAUUAUUGUAUGUUUAAUUAUUGUAUGUUUUUAUUUAAUCAUUCAAUAAAUUAUAAUUUUAAAUUUUUAUGUUUUACAAAU